AUGAAGUCCCAUGAUGCAAGUUCAUGUAUCGAUAUUGAUCAUGGUUCCGUACGUUUUGAUAGACAUAAACGAAUACGGGCGGAAGCUGAAGAUACCUAUUUGAAAACAAUUAGCAAACGACAAAAGAUUUUCGAUGAUGCGAUGAAGCAACCGAAAUAUAAUAUGGGUGAUUUAGUCGGUCUGAAAAUUGACAAAGUGGAUCGAACAAAUACGACACCCAAAAUACUUCCAUGUAAAGUAGUGUCAAUACAAUCAUCAUCUGAUGAAAAUGUUACAUAUAAACUGUGUACAAUACAAGGUAUUUUAUCAAAUCGUUACACGGCUCCUGAUUUAUUAGAUUUGAAUAAAUGUGGUUUUGAAGACUUACGGUCAAUUGAUUCAACUCUGUUACCAACAAUAACGUUCAUCCAAGCAUGUAAGGAAUACGUUGGUACAAG